AUGAAUCACCAAGCUGUGAUCGGUCGGCUGACAGCAUAUCUCCCGCCAAGUAUCCCUCACCGUUGUAACCGCAAAGAUUUAGGCUACUACUUGCCACAAAUAAAAAGAAAAGAAUGGAAAGAAGAAUCUGAAGAAAAGGUAAUUGACGAGGACCGGUCCUUGCGUGGUAAACGUGUGGAAGAAGUACGUGAGAUCCCCAUGCCGGAUAGACUUUUCACCGCGGCGUGGCCCAUGGGGCGACCACAGUCUGCCCCCGCGAUGGCGGCGACGGCAGGGGAUUGGGUGAUGGAGGCGGCGGCGUCCGACGCCGGCUCCGCCUCCGGGGCUGGGAGCCAAGGCCUGAAGUCCCCGACGGUCCUGACGCAUGGGCUGGUCCUCAGGCAAAGCAACAGCAAGAUCUUCAAAGACGCCGAAAGAGUCAUCCGACGUACCCAGCGAGGACAGUGCUGCUCCCGCGAGCAGUGUUGCUGUGAACUGGACAUCAUCACCGCGCAGCUGCGCAUCGAGUUGCAGAGCCUACGAGAGCGUCUCAUGCGCAACUUUCGCCAUACUAUGUCUAUAAGAGAAAUAAAAAACUUACAUAAUUUCUUGCCACAAAAAGUGGGUACAGAGAGUUUUAAACUACACCUUUUAGCUGAUUUGACAUGGAAUGACCCCAGUAGGAACAACCUUAUCUAA